CAACGUUGUAUCAACGUAUCAGUCGUAUUGUCUGUUGUUUUACUGUGACAACGUCGUGACCUCUAUCGGCUUUUCCUCUCCCUCUCGUCGCCGUCCGUUCGUCGAGCCCGACGCCCACGUUCUUUCCCUUCGAAGCAGCAGCAGCCGAAAAGACAUCUUAUUCAGCAACUUUAAUUUGCAGAAUAGUCCCAGUCUGCGCACUCACUUGGGGCUGUUCAUCUUCCCAACACCCACUUCGUACAUAACUCCACUAUGGGCCUCGAACACAUCCACAUCGGCCGUCCUGGUGCUCCCUACCACCCGGCGAAGCCGCUCACUCCCAAGGUCAAGCGGGACAGCACUACUCCUGAUCCCAGUUGUGCGACCGGCGCGUUCUACACGUCUCCCACUCUAGGAGCUACCGUGGACGCUAUGUCUCCCCUCAACAUCGUCUGGAACACUGGAUUAGAUUGCUUGCAGCCGGCUCCCUCCUCUGUGGACAUCUACCUCUAUGCCCCAGGAUCUGCAACCUCCCGCAUGCACAUGUGGCAGGGCGUGUCUUACGCUUCCGGCAACUAUUCUGCGACUCUCAUGCCUCGCUGGUGGAACUCGACCUCGAGCGCCACUUUGCAGCUCAUGAUCGUAUCCUCAGGCACACCUCCUUUCCUGAGCACCUUGCCUUCCGGCCCUGUCAUCCAAGCGACGUACACUCCCUCCUCGAACGGCACGACCCCUGACGCCGCCAACACCGCGGUGCAUGGAUCGCCCACAACCAUUGUUGGCGCCGUCGCCGGCGCCGUCUCUGGUGUUAGCUCUCACACCCUCUCUCCCGGCAAGAAGGCGGCCGCGGUCAUCUUGCCGCUUCUGUUCUGCAUGCUCAUUGGUGCGACGUAUCUGAAGCUGUCUCGUGCUCGCGGUAAGGCCAAGCGGGCCGAGUGGUCGGAGAAGAUCGACAAACGGAUGUCCACCAUCUCGACGGACUGGAAGAGCAUUACUGCGGGGGGCGCCAAAGAGGCUGUCCGGCAUUCUAUCGCAAUUGGCCGCAACUCGUCUGCGUUCAGUGUCGGAUCCGUUCGGCCGAGCAACGUCGAAGGCGAACCCGUGUUCAUGGGCGAGCAGCCUGUGGGCCGAGGAAGCAUUGACAUCGACGAGAAGGACACCCCUCGGACUUCGCUGGGAAGUGGGAUCGGUGUUGGUGUUGGAGCCCGUCGCCCGAAGACAAGUGGUGCUCCCCCCGAUCGAGGCUCGCGGGCCGUUUCCUUUGCGGAAACGGCGCCGCCGCGUCCUUCUAUCUCAUCCAACGGACCUCGGACCUCGGCCUACUCGCGCACUUCGCGUGCUUUCCACACGGCGUCAACCUACGCGGACUGGGAGAAUGAAGGUGACGGAAUGGCGCCCCCGGUUCCGGCUUUGCCGACACCCCCGUCUCCGUCAAUGGCUGGUGUAUAUGGUUCUCCUGCUCCUCGGCCCAGUGUGGACAGCUCUCGUAGCGUUGGCUCUGGUCGUCGCACCGGGAACUCGCUGCGGGGGAGCAAUUACAGCGCGAACCGCACGACUGGCUUUUACUCCAACUCUUCUCACGAUGAUCCUACGCCUGCUCUGCCUGCCAACACUGUCUUCAGCAACCCUGGUGCUUGGACCAGCGGCGAACGUGUUCCCGCACCCGUAUUUGAUGGACAGGUUUCUCCGACCGGCCGAGUGCACAAUGUGAACUAUCCGAGCACCCUCGGCCUCAACUCGUAUGAACAAGCGUAUGGUGACGAGCAGAACAGCUACUUCAGUCCCGCGACCCCGACUCCUCAAAGCGGGUUCGUUGUCGAGCCUACUGCUGACAGUGCCUAUGGAUCGACCACUUACGGCGAAUUUUCCUCUCCGGACAUGACGACCAGUCCCAGACAGACUGCCGGCCCACUUACUCUUACCCCCGAUGAUAUCCGCCGUCGUAUGACUCUGCGCAAUGCUGAGCAAGGCCAAUGGCGCCAGAGCGUCGAAGAGGUGUUUGGUGCUCUUAGCAUGAUGCGCACGGGCGAAAACGGGGAAGAUGAGGCUGGAGAAUAUCUCUUUGCGCCGGAGACGGUCUUUGCUUAUCCUGGAACGCCUGCUCCUGCCAGCGGCUUCAAUGGCCCGUCUCCGUCGCCUGCUCCGUCCUCGCCAUUUGCUAUGCCGAUGUCCACCGCCGCCGCCACUGGCUCUCCGGAUGAAAUGCUGCGCGCCUAUGCUGCCAAGAAAGCCGCUGCCGCUGCUGCGUCUUCGCGAUUGUCGAACUCGACGGCCGGUGUCGAAGUGGUCGACUCGCUGCACUCGAGCGGCAUGCGUGUGCUGUACAAACAAGCCGAUGGCUCAGAUGCAGCCAGCACGUCGAGUGGCUCGACCGGAAUGAUCCGUGCCGGCCCGGGUGCCCGCUUGAGCCGUUAAGUCUGUGAGAGCCCGCUCAGGCUGGCUCUGGCGGGACCUGUAACAUCACCGCCAGGGGACAGUGAUACCCUUUGUCAAUUGUUUAGCUAGCUAUACUCUCUAUCUUGGUCCACAUCCUCUUUCUAUACAUACCCAACUUGAUCUGCACUAUUAUCGUACAUGUCAACAAAGUCUGCAAACACUUUUAUUCUGUCAGCGAUGGGACCCAGUCGGCGGAGAGUGUGUCUGUAAAUUCUUGUUUGUGCAGAAUUAUCGUAGCUUUGAAAUGACACCUACUUCGUCGUCUGACCACCAACGGUCAACUUGGCGCAUUCCUGGUCAACGUCCACUUCCAGCACCGCUCCAUCGAAGAACAUGAUUUUGUACUUGGAUUUCUGGCGCAAACACCAGCCCACUCCUGCACGAAAUCUGGUCUCACUGCU